CUCCCAUUAUCCCAGCCCCGCUUUGCUCAUGAGCUUCCGAUUUACCUUUUUCGAUCUCUAACCUCCUCCUCCCUCCCUCCCCCGUCGCUAUGCCCGUAAUUGCACCCGUCGCAAAUAAUGGUGGCCCUCGUCGCUCUCUAACCUGGUUCGUCGGUGGAGGUGCCCCCAUCAGCGCACCACCCUGGAGUAGUGGGGUGGGGGAAGAACCCAUGCCCGUCGUGCGGCCUCUCCGAGUUGUCGCGGGCCACCAUUAUUUGCGACGCCUGCGAACGUGGGUUCCCCGAAUCCUGCGUCCACGUCUUGGGUCCGCUUAUGCGCCAACCUCCGCCACCACCGCUGUCCAGCCGCCCUGGUGUGCAGGUGCGGCGGCCUCUGGUAGCGGUGACCCAGGACUGGAUGGGCAAGAGGGGUCAAAUUCUGGUCAAAAUUGUGUUGCAGGUAGUAUGGGUGAUGAAAUUGUGUCAAAAUCAAAGGAGCCAGCCCCUGAUACUAAUACUACUUCCUGUGAGGAAGCAUCAUCUUCUACAGCAGUCAAGCCAACAAGAUUGCUAGCUGUUAACGGUGGCUUGGUUCCGCAGUCAUCACUGAGGCCUGUUACAGAAAGAAACUCUCAUAUCCUGAAGCAGCAAAAGAUCAAUUUGCUUCAUAUAGAUGCAGCGUUGCCUGAGGAAGCUUUGAGAGCCUCAAGGUCUCAACAAAUUAGAAGGCGUUCAUGGCGUGCUUUUGUCAAGCAUGCACAAUCAAUAUCCGAGAUGGUAGUGGCGACCAGUGUGUUGGAGAGUAUGAUAAAAUCUGAGUUCCUGAAGAAUGAUUGUUGGUACUGGUCCUCCUCUCAGGAUCUACACUCUCGACGACUGUAUCAUGUACACCAAGGAGCCUAACAUCGUGCUGGCUAUAAAGGUUUUAAACAAGGGGAGGACGAGGAAAGAACCAGAACCAUCGGUGUCAUAAUCUGCGCCGCUUGAUCUGCUGUAUACCCCAAACUUAAGAUGUUCUGCAGAGCAGUGCAAAACAAUUUGAUAAUGUGGUGUAGAUAGAGAUGUUAUAGACAGUCUUCCGUUAUGUGGUCCCUUGAGACUAUAGGGCUAGCUUUGAUUCUGGUGUUCCUGCAACGCUGCAGCCUUGACCGUUCAUUUUAAUAAGUCAUAUUUACCAGACUA